UUUGAAAAAAAAUAAAAAAAAAACUUAAAAAAAACAUUAUUUAAAAAAUUACUCGAAUUGUACAAUAAAAUCAAAGAAAAUGGAUGUAUCGACUAUGAAAACAUCACAAUUACCAUUGGAUUUUUCAUUGAAUGUAAAAGCUGAUGGUUUAACAAAUCUCAAUAUUCAAGUGAAGACAGCCGAGCACGGUGCAAGUAUGUUAAUAUCACCCGAUAAAAGUUCACAGUCAGCAUUCAAAGUUGUAACACCAAAACAUGCCGACGGAGCACGCAACGGUCUUUUUCCAUUCCCGUUAAACAGUGAAUUUAUAAAUAACUAUCGUCGAUUGUAUGCCGGACCAGUUCAGUUAACAUCAAUCAUGAAUGGCAACGAUUUGUCGAAAUCGCCAAAUCGACGAUCACCAGUCGACUCGAAACGACUUAAAGAACAACUUAAUUUCAGUAUAAGUCGUUUGGUGAAAGGGCCAGAUUCAGAUGAUGAAGACAACAACAACACCUACGAACAAAGAAAUCAUCAUCGCACACAAGAAACAAAUGGUAAAGUUACACCGCAUUCAGAAGUUGAAUCCAGCUGCAAAGAUUCAUGUACAAAGUCACGCAGUUCGUCACGGUCUCGAUCACCAACUCGUUCAUGUUCAGUUUCACCCGAAUUGGAAGUGGACUCACCGCCGCCACCAUUGCGAAUGAACGAAUCACCAACUACAACCAAUAUUUUUCAGAAUGUGGUCAAGAAAUCGGAAACAUUUUCGAUGUCAGCGCUGCUAAGAGAAGAUGGGCCUCGUGCUCCAGUUAAAUCGCCACCGAGUACAAAUAUGGCAUUUGAUGCAUUCCGUACAACCACUUCGUCAAACUACCCGCCAAUUUAUGACCAAAAUAUGUUGCAUCAUCGACCGCUAUUCCAUACAUUUCCAUGGUUGGCAGCGGUUGCUUUCCAUCAAGGUCAACAGCCAAAUGCACCGGCUGGCGCUUACGGACCCAUUGGACACGAUGAUUUGCUUCGAUUUCGUAAUCUUGUCUCACAAACAUCAACAUCUUCAGCAGCUGGAUUGCAAGGACCAAAUGCGGCCGCUGCACAUUUAAGCUUUGCCCAACAGCAUCACAUGCAUCAUCAUCAUCAUCACUUAUUUAUGCGGCCCGGAAUACCAUCGCUUGGUGACGUUUAUUCGUGUGUUAAAUGUGAAAAGAUGUUCUCAACACCACACGGUUUAGAAGUACAUUCACGCCGUUCGCACAACGGAAAACGUCCAUUUGCGUGCGAAUUAUGCAAUAAAACAUUUGGCCACGAAGUUAGCUUGAGUCAACACAGGGCCGUUCACAAUGUGGAAAAGGUGUUUGAAUGCAAACAAUGCGGAAAAGCCUUUAAACGGUCAAGUACAUUAUCUACACAUUUAUUAAUUCACAGCGAUACUCGACCAUAUCCGUGCAGUUACUGUGGCAAACGUUUUCACCAAAAAAGUGACAUGAAAAAACACACCUACAUUCAUACCGGAGAGAAACCGCACAAGUGUCAAGUAUGCGGAAAGGCAUUCAGCCAGAGUUCCAAUUUGAUUACGCAUUCGCGCAAGCACACAGGAUACAAACCAUUUCAAUGUGAACUCUGUCAUAAGGCAUUCCAACGCAAAGUCGAUCUGAGACGCCACAAAGAAACUCAACAUGCUGAAAUUGGACCGCUUAUUCGUUGAACAAAUAUGUCAGCCAUUUGUGAAUGGAUCAUGCUCACCAAUUUACAUUUCCCAUAAAAUGCAGUUGAACAUGAUUAUUUCUUAUUUCAUUCGGCAAUUUGUUUAAUUUUUCAAAACAAAGAUCUUCUUUUUAUUUGUCAAUCAAUCACCAAAACAUUAUAUGUAUAGGAAUAUUGUGCAAUUUUUGAAAUUGAGUAUUAAGUAAAUGUGCAGUUGAAUUUAACAUAAUAAUUAUUAUUAUGAGCAUAACAUAUUUAGGCAUAUAGAUCUUUUAGUAGGUUAAGUGAAUUUUGAACCUUAAAUUUAACAUGGAAUUCAUCCGAAUAUAUAGAUCAGUUCAGAUCCCAAUGAAUGGGUACCAAAGUUAGCCAAAGCAUAGAGCCACAUAAGUCGUACUUAUACAUUUUAUUUUCUUUUACACCUCGGAAGUUUCGGAAAACAUUUAAUGUAAAACGGCGUUUUAAAUCCUAUUUUUUUAGUUAUAUUUUUGUUUAUUGGUUUUUUUUUUGCUGGAAUAUAGCUUUUUAUUGAUUCAAUUUAAGCUCGAUAAUAAUUUAAGAAAUGUUUUUUUGUUUCAUUUUUUUAAGUUCUGUAUCAAAUUGUAUAUAUUAUGAUAUUUAAGCAUAUCUUUACAAAAAAAUGUAAUGCCGAUUGUGAAUUCUUUUGUUGUUCAUUGUUUCCAUCAAAAGAAAUCGUUGCGGGAACACAUGAAAUUUGCCAUGAAAAUGACACUUAACAAACAUUAAAAAUCAGAAACUGUUUCGUGGAAUGAUCUAUAUGAGGUGGAGGGCUCUGUGGAGCUGGAUGAAGUAAAUAUUUAGCUUAUUCAGCUGUUUAGAGUUCUCCCUAGCACUUAUUGCUCUGUGAAACAGCAUCUGUUAAAAACAAAUCCUUAAUUCAAAAUAACUACAAUUAGAUCAAAUUUCUAAAUAAAAUCAAAAAAAUGUGUGUAAAUUUAGAAUAAUCUUACCAUUAGGCUACAUAUAUAACUCAUUCCUUAAAAUUUUACAAAAAUUCUUUGAUUGUUAUAACUAUUUCGUGCAAAAAUUCUCUUGUAUAUGGUGUUGCCAGCUGAAAUUCUCUGUUUUGUUUCAUUGUAUCUGUAAAA